UUUUUUGGCUAUAAGGACUCUUUUUGAUUAUGACAGUUGUUGUGGUUUGACUAUUUUGUCAAAAGAAAGAAACUCAGCUUUUUGGUGUGCUCACUGAUGGAAAUAAAAGUCUCUAGCUCCUCCUUCUCACCACCUUCCGGAUCUUUGAUUGGUGCCUUAAAUGUCAGCACUGUCUUCUAUUAAAACAAUAAUAAAAGAGCAGAAGCCAGAGCCAAGCCAGGGCAGAGUGAGCAGACUUUAAAGGUUAGACAAAAUAGGUAUUGCAGUAACAGAGUGUCCUGUUUGUCUGUGCAUCCUGUCUGGCAGACUGGAGAAUGGAAUGGCAGCAGACCACUAUGAAGUGCUCAUGGAAAUUAGUGCUGUUGCUGGUAUUCUUUUGUCUGGCGGUGCAGUACACAGCCCUCCGCUCCAUUCAGGAUUUUUUCCCUAGACCAUGCCAGGACUUCAGUCAAUGCCAGAAAUACCCUGAGAAAGAUCACAGCUUGAAAUCUUCCUAUAAAAACAACUCUGUACCCACAAGACCAACCACUGCACCUGCUCGGAGGCACAUCCAUCUUUUUUCACAAACCCGCAGUGGCUCCUCCUUCGCUGGCCAGCUGUUUAAUCAACACCCAGAUAUCUUUUACAUGUUUGAGCCACUUUACCAUGCCCAACAGUCCAUCUUCAACUACAGCAAGUGUCUUGGGAAGCCCACUGACAGAUUUAUGCAGGGACUCUACAGAGACCUCCUCUUCAACCUAUAUACCUGUUACAUUAAUGUCCUGGAGAACUACAUCCAGCCAGAGCCUAAAGAUCACCUGACAACUUCUUUCUUCCGUCAGGCCUCCAGCCAUGCUCUCUGCUCACCACCCAUCUGUCAAGAGGGUAAAAAGGAGAUUAUGGAAGGGCAGCCAGAUGAGAGCUGGUGUCACAAAAAGUGUCGAAUCCUAAACCUCACUUUAGCCUCCAUGGUUUGCCAUUCCAGAAGCCACGUGGCCAUCAAGACAGUACGGAUCCCUCAGGUCAGUGACCUCCGCAUCCUAACAGAAGACCCACGAUUAGACUUGAGGAUUAUUCACCUGGUAAGAGAUCCCAGAGCAAUCUUGGCAUCACGCAUAACUGCGUUCACUGAACAGUUCAUUGCCUGGAAGAUCUGGAAUGCCACAGACAAGCAACCAAAUCAUGUGGACUUGACACAGAUCACGAGAACAUGCCAAGACAUGGUGUACUCUGUGGAUAUUGGUCUGAAGAAGCCAGCCUGGCUGCAAGGACGGUAUCUACUAGUGCGCUAUGAGGAUCUAGCAAUUAAUCCCGAAGCUAAGGCCAAGGAGAUCUACAAAUUCCUGGAUUUGAAUAUAGACAAUAAAGUUCUUACAUGGAUAUCUCAAAACACCAAUGCCACUUCCUCUAGUAAGUCAAGGUUCUCCACCAGCAGAGACUCCAAAACCACACCAGAGAGCUGGAGACUGCAUCUGGGCUUUGACAUUGUUAAGACAGUGCAGACACUAUGUAAUAAUACUUUGGCUUUAUUGGGCUACAAAAUAGCACAGUCUGAGGUGGAGCUGAGGAACAUAACAAAUAGUUUAGUGGAACCAAGGACUUUUAAUUAGUUUGUGAAGAAAAAAUGAGAAGGUAAAGGUCAGUUUCCCAGUAAUCAUGUUGAAAGUGCAUAGUGAUUUAGCCUCAAUAAUCAAUUUUUAAAUGUGAUUUAAACCCAUUGGUGAGGGCUUUACUGUAAGGAAUAUAUAAAUAACCCUUUAAUGUUCCAGCUUAUCCUGUAAUGAGCAGUGCUUUGAAUUAUUCAAAGUGUCUGCUAAAAGGAAAAUUCACAAAUUUCUACAUAUACUGUAUGUCACGAUCUCGCCGGCAGAUGGCACUGUGGCAUCGAUGUGCACGGACAGCUGGAGAGCGCGCGUGUGUGCAUGAGAUUACAUAAUGAGGACUGUUUCCUAUGGACAUGUGCCUUUGUUUUGGUUUUGUUCUCUUCCUGUUCAGGUAUUGGUUGAUGUUCGAGGGUGUGUCAUUAUUGGUCCCAGCUGUCUGUAUUCAAGCGUGAUUAUGUUUGUUAUUUAAAGCCCUUGUGUUGCUGUGCACUUUGUGCAGUAUUGAAUGAAUGUAUAGGUGAAUACGUUUACGUAUGCCAAGCGGUCGUGUUUUCGUGUCCUGUUCUUGUUCCAUGCCUCGGAAUCUAGUUUCAUAUUUAAACCUCGAUUAUCUCUUCCAGUCUAGACCGCGUUUCAUGUUUAUUGACUUCUGUUUGAGAAUAAAGACUUUGAUCUGC